AUUGAUAAGGCGCGCACCGGUCUCAAGGUCGGACAUCAUUAACCUCAAUACGGUGUGGCGGGUCAACGCUCACUUUGUUUGCGGGUUUCAAUUUUGUCGCUGAUUUUAUUUCUGAGGUAAACUGCAUCUUCUACGGUGCUAGGUGAGAUUUCUGCUAUCGUUUGUGUUUCUUAUUUGCAUACUGUAAGUCCUUAUUUUAUAUGAUGUGCAUAUGUUUGGUUUUCCGAAAUUUUCUCAUUGAAUAUGUCCACUGAUGUGAGACAUAAAUAAGGGUUCAAGAAAGCAGUUAGACACUGACGGCUUGGGUUGGGGAGAUUUCAAAUGCUUCCCGAUGCUUCAUGGUUGAUUGUAUCAAGUAGUCCGCAUCAUGUCCGAUUUCCAAUAGAUAUACCAAGUAAAUUAUGCUGAAAUGAGGACUCAAUUUUGGUGCAAUGCAAGGGUAAUUAUCCGUUCCCCGUACGGUGUUAAUUAUCUGAAUUGGCACACACAGUCGAGCUAUGUUCACGUAGCACCAAAAUAUUGUACGUGUUGAAUUAGUAAACUGGGGCUGACAUAAAUAUUCACUAAAAUUUUCACUGUAUUCAUUUUUACUUAAAUUUUCAUGAAUGCUUCCAGGUUACUCUGUGUUAGCGCAACUGACCGAUCGAUAUUAAUCACAUCAGAAGCAGUUGUUCAUUAUGAGUAGUAGUGACGAAAUUUCUUGGAUUUCGUGGUUCUGUGGCUUGCGUGGAAACGAGUUUUUCUGCGAAGUUGAAGAAGACUAUAUUCAAGACAGAUUCAAUUUGACUGGAUUAUCCGAACAAGUUCCUGAAUACCGUGAUGCCCUCGAUAUGAUUCUGGAUUUAGAAACUGACCCUUCUGAUAAUCCAGAGAACACUGAUCUCAUAGAACAGGCUGCUGAAAUGCUCUAUGGUUUAAUACAUUCAAGAUAUAUCUUGACAAACCGCGGUAUUUGCAUUAUGGUAGCGAAAUGGCAACAAGGCGAUUUUGGUUACUGUCCUAGAGUUUAUUGUGAAAGUCAACCAUGCUUACCAGUCGGUUUAUCAGAUGUUCCUGGUGAAGCUAUGGUCAAGAUUUAUUGUCCUAGAUGUCAGGAUACUUACACACCAAAAUCUACUCGUCAUCAUCAUACAGAUGGGGCAUAUUUUGGUACUGGUUUCCCGCAUAUGUUGUUUCUAGUGCAUCCAGAGUAUAGACCAAAGAGAGCUGGUAAACAAUUUACUGCAAGGUACGUUUUCUUUUCUUUUUUAUUGCACGGAAUAGCUAAUUUUCCUAUGUCAUGUGUAUGUUUGGCGUGUGUUUUUAGUAGCAAUCACUAAGAUAAUCUGACUGACUGGUUUCAACGUAGAACUUUGCACAAAUGUGCAGCAGGUCGAGUUGCCACUCUCCCUCCAUUUAGCACACAAAGCAAGAGAGGAGAGUAAAGAGAGAUAAUAAAUAGAAAAAGAGGCAAAAAUAGUAAUAUGGAAGAACAAUAUCGUUUUAUUGGAUAUUAUAAGUCACAAGGAGUGGAUGCAUGUGCGCCAGACAUUGAGAACGAUUUUGAACCAUAUCAGCGAUUCUCUCCAGCCUUCAUUGGUUUUUACCAUCCCGAGGACCCUAACCAUUCAGGUAGUCUACACCUUCCUACGUUACUGGUUUGCUGGCUUAAACUAACUGUUGUGGAUUUCAUUGACGGAUGAAGCCUUGUUUUGGUUUGACGACCACGGGCUCUUUUCCAACCUGAUCCGUCCUAUGUCAACUAACAUUUCCCGUCGAGAAAGGCAAUCGAUGGCUGCUGCUGCUGGAUUCAACAUAGAACUUGGCACCGAAGUGCAGCAGUUUGAGUUGCCACGUUCCAAAUA